AUGCCGACUUCUACUUCUUCUUCUCCCUCCGCUUCCGGGGCUGGUAACGCUGGCAAUGCCUCCCCCACGCUGGCGCCAUCUUCCCAGGCCCCCAAGCGGUACCGCGGCCUGUCGGCAUAUCGGUGGGCACCGGCCCCCUCACCUUCCUCCGGUCCUUCCCCCUCUUCCUCGGCUUUGGUCCCGGCUCCCUCCCUUUUCUCCGGCCCUUCCCCCUCUUCUUCGGCUUUGGCCCCGCCCCCCGCCUCUUCGGUCCCGGCCUCUUCCCCGGUCCCCUCGUCCUCGGUUUCGGCCUCUGCCCCGGCGCCGUCGUCUCCAACCGCUCCCAAGCGGUACCGCGGCCUGUCGGUGUCCCGCUGGGCACCGGCCCCAGCUCCUUCGCCUUCGGGUCCUGCCUCGGCCCCCUCUUCGUCCUCGGCCGCCUCGCCUUCCGCUCCGGUCUCCCCCGGGGCUCCUUCGGACUCGCCCCCGUCGCCCGUCUUGGUCCCGUCGCUCGGCUCGCCGUCGUCGUCCGUCUCGGCCCUGUCGCUCAGCUCACCCUUGUUGCCCGGUUCGCCCCCGUCGCUCGGUUCGUCCCCGAACCCCGCCUCGGCGUCGCCCCCCGCCCCGGCCACCCCAGACCCACCCCCCACCCCCGACUCUCCUCCCCCCACGCCCGCAGCUCCGCACCGCCCCAAGGCUGUGCGCAGGUCGGACGGCUCCACCGUGACCGUCAUCAACGACAUGAAGCCGGGGGAGAAGGGCCUCGCCGCGUCCCAGUGGGCGAAGAGGUAG